AUGAAACACGCGGCAGAUUUGAAGGAGAAGGGCAACAAACUCUUCAAAAGUGGCCGCUUGGCCGAAGCGGUGAAAUGUUACUCAGAGGCAGAGACAUUAGCUCCUCAAGAUGCUGUCUAUCCUUCCAACCUAAGUGCCGCAUUAUACGAGCUCGGGGAUUAUAAAGGCUCCUACGAGGCCGUGUGUCGUUCAAGCCGUCUUCUGACGGAGCAGGAGCUUGAAUCACCUCUUUCGACGCGUCUCUUGAUACGUCUCGCCAAAAGCUUGAGGUAUGGUGUACGCUCUGGUUCCAUCGCAUCGGAAGACGUGGCAAAGGGGGCAGAUGUCGUGGACAGAUUGAGGUCUCUGGUUUGCAAUGCCGGUGAUGAGUCCUCGAGUUCUCUAAUUGAAGCCCGUCGCGUGUGGGAUGAAUGGAGGAAUGUUGAGGCAGAUAUGAAUAGAGUCGCGCUAGAGGCUGAUGAAGCUCGCAAACGACUGGCACGACUUCCAAUUUUCCGUCAAACAGCUGAGAGUGAUUCACAACGAGAAUUUUAUUCUGUCGGCAACGAUGAAGUUAUCAACAUCGUCGAAGACUGGGGUCCUGAAUCGGUAUACGAGGGAAGCGAGGAUCCAUUACCACUGAGCGAUCUCCCUUUGUCCUGUCUGCAGCCUCUUGCUCUUGUCUUCGGCGGUGUCGGUGAUGCACGGCAUGUCUUCGGCUCACUCAUUGGCCUCCAUAAGGCGCAUGCCAAACUCGAUGACCAAAGAAAAGACAUCUUCAAGGCACACAUGACGCUCAUAGAUAUCCAUCCUACUGCCCUCGCUCGAGACCUCUGCCUGUUCAUGCUGCUUGAGGAGUUGAUGAAUGGGUCUGUCGGCGAAGAAGAUGCGAUCAUCAUCAAAGCGACUCUAUUUUACUCCUAUCUCGGAGUGCUGAUGCCUAUUUACUGUUAUACCAAGUGGAUGGAUGUCGUUAAAGAUCUCCGGAUCCGCCUUGCUGCCAAUCCUCCCGAUCUUCCUUCAUGGUUUCAUGUCCUUCCAGAGUCCAUUCCGGGGAUCAUGUCGUCUUUGAAAUAUUGGGAGACCUCUCUUGGCAAAAAGACAGUGAAGGGUUCCCUCGCCAUGCACAAUGUACCCCGUGGUCCUUCCCAUAUCGAAGAUACCGUGCCUGCCCUUAGACAUCAGAUGGAGAAGAAAAAGGCCGAGGACCGGAAUUGGAUCGAAUCGCAGUUAGACACUUAUUCAGAGGCGGACGUUAUAGGUCUAGGAACGAAUCUGGCGGGCCACGAGCCUUGUCCUCCCGACCCAGCUGGGAAGAAAAAGUGGCUGGCAGAAACGCGAAAACUGCUGAUAGAUUUGAUGACGGAUGAUAAUCUUGGGAGUAUAGAUACGAAACCGGAGAUGUUGAAAGAGGAUUUGUUCUACCGGCGAGUCUUUCUCAGUAAAAUAUUUGUUCCACAUCCGAUGUUAUGGCAUCGUCAUGAAGCGCUCGAAGAUAUUUGGACCGGUUUCAGAGAUCUAAAACGACAUGAAGGGCCGGCCGCAGAUGAGCUAAAGAUCAAUUUCGCUGCUAGUAUGGCAAAGACAAUCAAACCGAAUCCGUCGCUCUUCGAUCGUAGUCAAGGAGCCACUUAUCCAGACAUGAACGUUGAUCCUUUCAAGGCCGUCAAGGAGAUCAAUAACUUUAACAUUCGGAUGGGUCUGGUCGGCGAUCGCGACUCUCUCGAAGGAGACGUUGACAAGAACUAUCCUUCAUUCUCUGUUGGCGAAGUCUUCUUCGAUAAUGUCGUGACGGCCGUGAGAGCAUUGAAAGGACGUGUCGUGCUCGAAGUUAUACACGACGAUCUUAGUGCGGCGCUCUCAAAAAUACGGGUUGGGGCAGUGGUAAGACCGACUGAAUUUCCACGGAAGUUCAUGCGCAUGUGGCUCAGUAAUGUACCCGAUUACACCCAUGGACCGAUGAACACCGCGGUGUUUAGUAUGCCAGCCCUCGAAGUACAACCCGGAGCAAACGCCACAGCAAACUGUCUCCUGAACACAGGCUGCUGGAACGGCGGCGAAGAAUUCUUCCACUUCUAUACUCUUCUUCGUAUCGUAGAUGCUCCUCGCUUCCUCGGCUGUGAAGUUGUCAACAUGACACCCGCUUGGGGGCUCAUUACUCUUGUUCCCCAACAGCUACCUCGACCAUUAUCCGAACUUGCCACUCGCGAUGAACUCUACACAUGGCUCUCCCGGACCCUUGUCUAUAUUCUCGCCCCAGGGCACCCUUCCCGCGAGUCUUACCGCUGCAGAUACCCCAAUAACCUCGUCUCUUUCGUCGGCCUGCUCAUUCAUCUCCAUAACGUUGGCUUCCCGUGCCAUUGGCUGUCCGAAUACCUCCAAGUACUCAUUUCGGACAACCUUACUACCGAUGUCGCACCAUAUCGGGGUGAACUCCCGAUUCCACUCACUGAGCUCAAUCGUCGCGUACCUAAGCGCAAGAUCAACCUCGAACCUUGGCUCAUUGAGUUCGAAAACAUUCUCGCCACAGCCUACGAAGCCCUCCCCUUCCCUGCCUCGCUGCACCACCCUUCCUUUGCUACGUCGCAUACGGAAAUAGGCACCUUCGAAGUCCACCUUUCGCGUGAAGAGUUUGACCUGAUGACAACGAUGAAGAUUCUCUCCCCUCUCGACCCAAUCGUAUCCAUCAUGUUCUUCAAACCUGUCGCCAACGUCGAUCCCAACGAACUAGUCCGCCAGAUACCACAGCUGCUGGACGGUAAGAGGGGGAACGGCUCGGCGAAGGGCCAGAUGUGCAUUUUGACGAGCGUGGAGAGGUGCGAAAUUUCGACAGGGUUGGUUAGGUGGAGGAUGAGUAGGGAAAGGGCGGCGAAGAUGAAGGCGAAUGGGUGGAAUAUGAUGGGGUAUAGGUUUGAUAUGGAGAGUUCAGUGACGGACCCGAUUCCUUCGUCGCGCUGGACGGAGGUUCAAGUUUAA